AUGGCUCAGCAACCAGGUAUUAUCGCCAUCAUCGGCUGGCUCACAGUCUGUUAUAUCCUAAUCAAAGUCACCUACAUAAUCGGGAUCUACCUCCUUCCUUCCAGGAUCACCCAUUUUGCUCACGUUACACCGAAUGGUGACUCUCCAUGGGCGUUGGUGACGGGCGCGUCGGAUGGCAUAGGCACGGAGUUUGCUCGCGAACUGGCGCAUCAAGGCUUCAAUGUCGUCUUGCAUGGAAGAAACGACGCCAAAUUAUCCCUGGUCCAGGAAAAGCUGCAAAAGAGCUACCCAGGCAGGUCCUUCAAGGUGCUGGUUGCUGAUGCCAGCAGGGUAGAAUGCGUCAACUGCAUUAAAAGCAACCAGCGUACCCAGAAAGAAGCCAUUGGUAAGGGUGCCCCCGAUUUCAAAUCUAUCAGGGCGGCACUGGACGGUCUACAUCUCACAGUAUUAAUCAACAAUGCUGGAGGCGGGCCAUCAAACCCGACGUUUCAGCUGUUGCAGGACUUCUCCGAAGAGAGGAUCGCCAACAAUGUCAGCUUGAACGCUCUAUUUCCUCUGCACCUGAUGCGCGAACUGCUCCCGACGCUAAGCCAGAAUGGACCCUCCCUGAUAAUGAACAUCAGUUCCAUGUCUGAUGCCGGGUUUCCUUUGCUGUCUUCCUACGGCGCGAGCAAGCAAUUCCUGAUGAACCUCACACGCACCGUUAGCCUCGAGAUGACACUUGACGACGCAGUCGGACGAGUCGAAGUGUUGGGAGUUAGGGUCGGUAGAGUCACGGGGGUAUCUCACUGCGAUGUGAAACCUUCGCUGUUCAUGCCAAGCUCGCAGACUCUGGCUCGUGCUGCUCUUAGUAGAGCAGGAUAUGGACAUGGGAUUGUUAUUGGGUAUUGGGCGCAUGCUUUGCAGGGUGUAUUUGUUGAUGUGCUACCGACUUGGGUGGAACAUCACUUCAUCCAGACUGUGAUGAAGAAAGAGCGGGAUACGGAGUUGGCAAACAAGUCGGACUGA